CCUUGCAGGCUUCUGCAAAAUCUUCUUUAUGGAUCUUCUCUUCUGUGUCAGUGGAUUUCUUCUGCUUGCAGAGCUUUUUGCUGUAAUUCUUUUUGGAGACUUGAUCCAAUUUUCUUUUGGUGGCAAAUUAGCCUGAUUUAUUUGGCCCUGCCUAAGAAGAACUUCUCUUCUGUAUUAUUGAGCAGGUAUUUCUUUUUGGAGACUUGAUCCGAAUUUCUUUUGGUGGCAAAUUAGCCUGAUUUAUUUGGCCCUGCCUAAGAAGAAAUUCUCUUCUGUAUUAUUGAGCAGGUAUUUCUUUUUGGAGACUUGAUCCGAAUUUCUUUUGUUGGCAAAUUAGCCUGAUUUAUUUGGCCCUGCCUAAGAAAUAAAUCACUGGGGCUUUCUUGAGCAGAAGAAAUGUCGUAUGCUCCUGCAAUCCUUUCCCUGAAUGCCAAGUUUCCAGGAAACUCACAUGAUGCCUAUGUCAUUAGACAAUCAGGGAUAUGGCAGAGAUUAAGAUCAAGUCAACGACAAGACAUGUGGUUAUUGGGAGACCGUGGAUAUCCUUGCACCCCCUGGCUCAUGACUCCUUACCGUAAGCCCAGGCCAGGACCACAGACGGCAUUUAACUCCGCGCUUACUGCCACUAGACAGCUGGUGGAGCGCACAAUUGGGGUCCUUAAAGGAUGUUUUCGUGUGCUCCACCGCACUGGUGGCGACAUCAUGUAUUCGCCGGAGAUGGCAAGUAAAAUAGUGGUCCUGUGCGCUAUACUCCAUAACAUCGCGGUAAGGAGUCGCGUUGAGCUUCCUCACACAGAGGAAUUGCCAGAUGAGGAGCCUGGGGUUGGCCGGAGAUUCGGUGGGGGGAGUGUUUCCCGGAGGGGAAGUGAAGUAAGGGCAAGCAUUGUGCAAGAAUAUUUCAGCUGAUUUAUCACACAAAAUGUGGGCGAGCACAACGGCAAGGUGCUGGUGCAGGGAGGCAACCCCAGCAACAUUCUCCAUCCCCAUCCCCUUCACGAUCACCCUCCCCCUCUCCUGCCCAAUUCCCCUCUCCGGCCCAAUCCCCCUCUCCAGCCCACACCCCCUCUCCUGCCCAAUCCCCCUCUCCGGCCCAAUCCCCCUCUCCAGCCCACACCCCCUCUCCUGCCCAAGCACCCUCUCCUGCCCAAGCCCACUCUCUUUCCCAGUCCCCCUCACCAGCCCACGCACACUCUCUUUCACAAUCCCCCUCUCCACGCCACACCCCCUCUCCUGCCCAAGCACCCUCUCCUGCCCAAGCCCACUCUCUUUCCCAGUCCCCCUCACCAGCCACCUCAGCCUCUCCUGCCCAAUCCCCCUCUCCAGCCACCUCAGCCUCUCCUGCCCUAUCCCCCUCUCCAGCCACCUCAGCCUCUCCUGCCCAAUCCCCCUCUCCAGCCCAAUCCCACUCUUUGGCUAAAUUCCCCUCUCUGCCCCCCUCACCCUCUGUGUCCCAACAAAACACACCCCCACCCUCACCCUAUCAUUCCCAAACCCACUCUGAAACUACCUCCCCCUUCCAUCCUGUCACACAAUUUGACCCUCCUUCCCCCAUCCUGCCUCCUUCCCCCAUCCAGCACCCAUCCCCCAUCCAGCCAACCUCACCCCUCCAGCCUCCAUCCCCCAGCCAGCACCUAGCCCCCAUCCAGCCUCCAUCACCCAGCCAGCCAACAUCUGAUACUGAAUGGGCAGCAGAGGCACCAGAGGCACUAGAGGGAGGUGGUCAAGUGGCAGAGGAAAAUGUUGCCGUUGGAGAUCCCACAAGACUGGCAGUCAUCGUUGACCGCAUGAAGGCACAUUUGGAGGCCAUGUUGUGCGAAGUAGAAGUGUUGAAAAAAUUAAUUUAACAAAAAUUUGAAUAAAAAGAAAAUUUAACUUUUGUC